AAACCUUCAAACUGGCUGUUAUUAAGCCUCUCAUAAAAAAACCACAACUUGACCCCAAAUAACUUGUUAAUUAUAGACCAAUCUCGAAUCUCCCUUUUCUGUCCAAGAUACUAUAAGGUGGUAUCCUCACAAUUAUAUUCCUUCUUAGAGAAAAAUGGUAUAUGUGAGGAUUUCCAGUCAGGAUUUAGACCGUAUCAUAGUAUUGAGACUGCUCUCCUUAGAGUUACAAAUGAUCUGCUCUUAUCAUCUGAUCGUGGGUGUAUCUCUCUAUUAGUUUUAUUGGAUCUUAGUGCUGCGUUUGACACAAUUGACCACAGCAUUCUUUUGCAUAGACUUGAACACUGUUGGCAUCAGUGGAAAAUCAUUAGCAUGGUUUAAAUCGUACUUAUAUGACCGCCAUCAGUUCGUAGCAGUGAAUGAAGAUGUAUCAUAUCGAUCCCAAGUGCAGUAUGGAGUACCUCAAGGCUCAGUACUAGGGCCGCUACUCUUCAUGCUUUAUAUGUUACCCUUGGGAGAUAUCAUCAGGAAACAUGGUGUUAGCUUUCACUGUUAUGCUGAUGAUACUCAGCUCUAUAUUUCUUCACGGCCCGGUGAAACACACCAAUUUGAAAAACUAAUGGAAUGCAUAGUCGAUAUAAAAAAUUGGAUGACGAGUAAUUUCUUACUGCUAAAUUCAGAAAAAACAGAGGUGUUAAUUAUAGGGCCUAAAAACUCUGCUUGUAAUAACCUAGAACACUGUCGAAGACUUGAUGGUUGCUCUGUCAGUUCUUCGUCAUCAGUUAGGAACCUAGGUGUCCUACAUGAUCGCAAUCUUUCCUUAGAAAGCCACGUUUCUAGCAUUUGUAAAACUGCAUUUUUCCAUCUCAAAAAUAAAUCUAAAUUACGGCCUAUGCUCUCAAUGUCAAAUGCAGAAAUGUUAAUCCAUGCAUUUAUGACUUCAAGGUUAGACUAUUGUAAUGCUUUAUUGGGUGGCUGUUCUGCACGCUUAGUAAACAAACUACAGCUAGUCCAAAAUGCAGCAGCAAGAGUUCUUACUAAAACCAGGAAGUAUGACCAUAUUAGCCCGGUCCUGUCCACACUGGACUGGCUCCCUAUCAAACAUUGUAUAGAUUUUAAAAUAUUGCUUAUUACUUAUAAAGCCCUGAAUGGUUUAGCACCUCAGUAUUUGAAUGAGCUCCUUCUACAUUAUACUCCUCUACGUCUGCUACGUUCUCAAAACUCAGGCAAUUUGAUAAUACCUAGAACAGUGGUUUUCAACCUGGGCCGCGGUGGUAUUACAGGUGGGCCGCCAAUUAUUUUCUGUUCAUUUCCAGUCCAUUCUAGGGCUGUGCGAUUAAAAGAAAACGUCCUAAAAUCACGAUUUGAGCGUGUGCCUAACUCCAGGUUCACACACUGUCUGUGAUGCGCCUUUUUUCUGAGCCAAUGUUGACGGAUCAGAGCGUUCUCACUGCGGCAAAAGGCUAGAAAUAAAAACGUGCGAAAAUAAUUCAUGUCUAGCACAUCAGCAUAGAGUGAAUUUGUUAGUGAACAGGAUGCAGUUUAAGUGAGAGGAGACACGUUUUAAGUGUGCACACUCUCUCCUCGCAAAACAGCGUGUAUCUGAGCAAGCACGACCGGUUUUGUGACAGAGCAAAGGAAAUCUGCUUGCGAACAGAGAGAUUCGCACUCGUGCAUUAUUUUAAUGUGCUUUCGCGUUAUUUAUGCGCUCUCACUGCUGACCGCAUACACAUACUGUAUACACACUGCAAACACCGGAGGCACCGCUACAAUUAAUGAGCUCUAUGAACAAUGCAUGGCAAAAAAGAAAAAAAAGUCCCUGUAUACAGGAUUUUUUUUAAUUUAUUUUUUUUUGACACAAGUCUAUACAUUUUUUUACAUCUUCACUAUAGUGAUAAUUUUGACUUAUGUCUGUUCUGGAGAUGUUACAACUUUUUGAUAAAGCUCUGAUUGGUUUUCUUUUGGAAAUAUGUUUCAAAUUAAUCCUGAAUGCAUUUAUGACUGUAAAAUCACAAUUGCAAAAUUGAUCAAAAAAAUUGCGAUAGUUUUUUUUUUUUUUUUUUCAUAUCGCACAGCCCUAGUUUAUUCAAUAAAUAUAGUUUAAAAUCUAGCUUCUGAGUACUAAGUUAUUAACCCAACAAUAGAGGGGUCAGUUAAUUUUUUUGAAGUGGGCCGCGCAAACAUAUGUGUUUGGUUGUGUGGGCCGCGAGUUGAAAAAGGUUGGGAACCACUGACCUAGAAUAUCAAAAUCAACUGCGGGCAGUAGAUCCUUUUCCUAUUUGGCGCCUAAACUCUGGAAUAACCUACCUAACAUUGUUCGGGAGGCAGUCACACUCUUGCAGUUUAAAUCUAGAUUAAAGACCCAUCUCUUUAACCUGGCAUACACAUAACAUACUAAUAUGCUUUUAAUAUCCAAAUCCGUUAAAGGAUUUUUAGUCUGUUUACCUUAAUUAGGUAAACCGGAACCGGAAACAGUUCACAUAACAUGUACCUUCUACAUCAUUAGAAGAAUGGCAUCUACGCUAAUAUUUGUCUGUUUCUCACUUGUUCCGAGGUCACCGUGGCCACCAGAUCCAGUCUGUAUCCAGAUCAGAGGGUCACUGCAGUCAUCCGGAUCCAGUACGUAUCCAGACCAGAUGGUGGAUCAGCACCUAGAAAGGACCUCUACUGCCCAGAAAGACAGCGGAGACCAGGACAACUAGAGCCCCAGAUACAGAUCCCCUGUAAAGACCUUGUCUCAGAGGAGCACCAGGACAAGACCACAGGAAACAGAUGAUUCUUCUGCACAAUCUGACUUUGCUGCAGCCUGGAAUUGAACUACUGGUUUCGUCUGGUCAGAGGAGAACUGGCCCCCCAACUGAGCCUGGUUUCUCCCAAGGUUUUUUUCUCCAUUCUGUCACCGAUGGAGUUUUGGUUCCUUGCCGCUGUCGCCUCUGGCUUGCUUAGUUGGGGUCACUUCAUCUACAGCGAUAUCAUUGACUUGAUUGCAAAUAAAUGCACAGACACUAUUUAAAUGAACAGAGAUGACAUAACUGAAUUCAAUG